AUUAUUAUUAUUUUGUUAUUAUUUAUACCCGGCCGAUCUGGCUGGGUUGCCCCAGCCACUCUGGGAGGCUUCCAACACAUAUAAAAACAUAAUAAUCAUUCGGGGAAGGGAAGCUGUGAUUUCCUGUAGCCUCAAGGUGCCUGUUGAGGCUGCCGGCUUGUCUUCUGUGUCUUUAGCAGCAGCUACAUAUACAGAAAUGUAACAGGGCACUGACGACAAGGCAGUGGAAUGGAGUCCAGGUGCUGUAGUCAGCCUGCUCGGUGGGCCAAGCCAGCCAUGUAUACAUUCCUUCUAGGAGGUACCUUUGUUACCUUGGGAUCAAGUCGUAUCCUUCUAAUGAAAUACUCUGCCAAUGAAGAUAACCAGUAUGAUUAUCUUCCUGCAACUGUGAAUGUGUGCUCGGAAUUAGUUAAGCUGGUGCUCUGUCUGGUAAUGGCACUCUGGGUCACCAGGAAAGGAGGUUAUUCUCAUAGUGGAUUUGGCUGCAGCUCAUGGAGGCAAUUGAAUAGCUACGUUAAGUGGUCAAUUCCUGCCUUCCUCUAUUUUCUGGAUAACCUGAUUGUCUUCUAUGUCUUGUCCUAUCUCCAACCAGCCAUGGCUGUGCUUUUCUCAAAUUUUGUCAUUAUAACAACUGCUCUCCUGUUCAGAAUUGUGCUGAAGCGGCAACUCUCCUGGGUGCAAUGGGCGUCCCUGCUGAUUUUGUUCCUGUCUAUUGUUGCCCUGACGGCCGGGACAGGAAGCCACAAGCAUAGCUUGGCCAUGCAUGGGUUCCAUCACGACAUCUAUUUCAGCCACUCUAACAGCUGCCUGCAGUAUGCUAGCCUGGAGGAAGAGUGCUCAGGAAGAGAGAACUGCACGAGAACAUGGCUUUUCCCCAGCUUAAGCUGGAACAUCACUGCUGCCACUGGAGCCCUGAGAACCAUUCCCCUUGGGCUAGGACACCUGCUCAUACUGGUGCAGUGCUUCAUCUCCGCCCUGGCGAACAUCUACAAUGAAAAGAUAUUGAAAGAAGGAGGCCAGUUCAGUGAAAACAUCUUUGUACAGAACACCAAGCUGUACCUCUUCGGAGCCAUGUUCAACGCCCUGAUUCUGAGCUUGCGCCCCGAAAACAGGCGCCGGAUAGAACAUUGUGGGUUCUUCUAUGGGCACAAUGCGUUCUCUGUCGCCCUUAUUUUCGUCACUGCCUUCCUGGGGCUCUCUGUGGCUUUCAUCUUGAAAUUCCGAGACAACAUGUUUCACGUCCUGUCUGCACAGGUCACCACCGUGAUCAUCACCACGGUGUCUGUCUUUGUUUUUGACUUCAAGCCUUCCCUGGAGUUCUUCCUGCAAGCUCCUGUGGUGCUCUUGUCCAUAUUCAUCUACCAUUCCAGCAGCCCUCGAUGCGUGGAAUACACCGCUCAGUGGGAGAGGGGCAAAGUCGGUGGAGGGCCCUGGGAGCGCUCCAAUGGGGAUGGAGAAGAACUCGAGAGACUUACGAAGCAAGACAGUGACCAUGAUUCGGAAGAAGAGGCCUUAUAGCCUGGCUUUGGAUUUUUGAAGUACAGACAUUCUUAUUUAAGAAAAUGAAGUUUUACCCUGGGAGGUGGGGGGAGGUUCGGACCGUGACCAACAGGUGGAAGUUUCUUUUUUCUUGUCGCUAAGGUGGGAUUUUAAUUUGUGUUUUCAUAAAGCUGUGCAAGGUUAACUACUAUUAACUACUGUGAAGGGGUCUUGACGAGGAAAGGGACCUAUUCAUAAAGGAUGAUAAUGCUAUCCAUAGCUCUUAAUGAGGACUCCAGGAUCAAACACAGGUGCCUCUGAAUACCUGUUGUUGGGGAUUAGCAGUCUUCAUGUCCUUCUCAUGGGCUUCUCAUAGUCAUCAGGUUGGCCAUGGUGCGUAGUGGGAUGCUGUGCUUUUGGU